UGCCACCCCAAACCCCUCUCUUUCUCUCCAUCUCCUUCUCUCCUCCUGAGGAGAAGAAGCAAAGGAGCAGCAGCGCCGUACCGUACACCUCGCGAUCAUGGAAGCCGCUGCUCCCGCACCUCCUCCCCCACCGAUUCCUCCGGCACUUGCCUACGCCGACUCGCUUGACUCGUCCCCUCGCUCGCGCAACACCGAUUCCUGGGACGAUCCCUCCCUCCCUUCCUUAUCCUCCACCCCUUCUGCUAAACUGCGCCUGAUGUGCAGCUACGGCGGUCACAUCGUCCCCCGCCCUCACGACAAGUCCCUCUGCUAUCUCGGUGGCGAUACCCGCAUCGUCGUCGUCGAUCGGACCACCCUCUCCCUCUCAUCUCUGUCGUCCAAGCUCUCCUCCACCCUCCUCGACGGCCGUCCGUUCUCCCUCAAGUACCAGCUCCCCAACGAGGACCUUGAUUCCCUCAUCUCCGUCACCACCGACGAGGACCUCGACAACAUGAUCGAUGAGUACGAUCGCACCACCGCCGCCUCGGCCCACAAGCCGUCCCGUCUCCGCCUCUUCCUCUUCCCCAGCAAGCCUGACUCGGCAUCCUCGAUCGGAUCGCUUCUCGACGAUUCCAAAUCGGAGACUUGGUUCGUCGAUGCGCUGAAUGGGGCUGGGGUUAUCCCACGGGGACUCUCCGCCGCAUCGGCUGAUUCCGCAGACGUGAAUUGCUUGCUUGGAUUGGAUGAUUCCGGCGGCAAUGGUGGCGGCGGCGGCGGUGGGGCUGCCUCCGAUGCCAAGACCCAUCCCCCCGAUUCGCCGAUGCUGGAGACGGCAUCGUCGUCUUUCGGGUCGACGUCUUCUGCUCAUUUCCUGUCGAAUUUGCCGCCAAUUCGCGUGCAUGUCGAUGAAUCUGGGGUCCGGAUGCAGGAGCCCAGGACAGGUCUUGAGGAGCAGUUCAAUCAGAUGAAUGUGAGCGCAGCAGCGGCUGUAUCUGGUGCGGCGACUGGAGCGCCGUUGAUGAAUAUAUCGCCAUCGAAUGAAAACCUCAAUCGGGUCUUUUCAGAUGAUGAGAGAGUGGAGCAGGGGGUGCCCGUAACAAAUCGAAAGCCACCACAGCCACCGCAGCAACAGCAGCAGCAGCAACAGCAACAGCAACAUCAGCUACAACAGCAGAAACAGACUACCUCCGAUAUGCUGCCAGAUACAGUUACAAGGGAUAAUAGUAAUAUUCCUGGUGUGAUUUCUCGCCCAAAACCUGUGUUUUAUCAAGAUCCGGUUGCGGCCCGAGACAGGGCUGCUGUUACUGCAACCAUCAGCUCAGUUCCAGAUCCGAAACGGGAAGUGUCCAAUCCAAAUUACCGGGUUCCGAUUCAAGUUCAAGACCCAAGUUAUGUAUUGCCGCCUAUGCAGCCAGAGCAGCAGCAAUUCGUUCAUGCAACCCCGCAUUAUAUUCAUCAUCACGCAACGGGGCCAGUGCCCAUCUCUCCUUACUACCAGAUGCAUCCGAUGCAUCAGCCACAGCCUCUCCAGCAGCAGCAACAAGCGCAGCAACAGCAACAACAUCGGAUGGAUCAGCAGUAUCCGAUGUACUUCAUGCCUGUCGGGCAAAACCAACCUUACAAUUUAGCCCUGCAGUCAAAUUUGGCUGAUGGAUCUUCCAUCGCUUCUAGUAAGCCGGCCCCACUUGCAAAUCCCGGCAUCAUCCCUCCAUCGUACAAAGAGUCCGCGCCCAUCUACCCGGCACGAUCUGCUCAGCCCCCAAAACCUGAAUUGACUGCGAAUUUAUACCGAACAGCUGCAGCAGCUGCUCCUCAACCGCUCCCGACUGCAGCAGCACCGCUUGUACACAUGUCUGAUCAGCAGCAGCAAUACAUGGGAUACCACCAGAUGCACCAUCCAUCGCAGUCCGCUGCUAAUUUCCCGUAUGAAUAUGCUGACCAGUUGCAUGCCCAAAUAUACUAUACUCAGGCACCGCCCGCCACACUGGCGCCCCAAUAUCAGACUGUUAGCUCAGGGGCGAUGAUCUCAGAGGCUGCAGUGCUGUCACCACCUGCAGCGACUGCAGAAGCUAAGCAGAACAGAACCUCGCAACCACUGUAAGUUGUUUGGCUUGGGCUCGUUCUAAACUGCAAACAAUUUUGACGAGGUGUCCGGUGAAUGAAAAUCUUACUUGAUAUACUACUGCUUUGCAUUUUCUUCUGUGUUUGGUUAUUGUUAUUGGUUUUUCAGACUUUAUGAUAGGAAUAAGGAACUGGGUCUUCUUCUUCUUCUCUCCUAUGUAUGUCAUUGUCAUUGUUGUAAUGUGAAGGAUGGUCAUAGGUUAUAGUACUGUUUUUGUUGGAAAAUGCUGUGUGUUUGGUCUAUUGAAUAAAUAUACAGAAAGAUUUGAAUUA